GCUGGACGAUUGGAAGCCCUCAGUGUACUGGGUGAUGCUGUGCCUGUUCGUGGCGACUGCACUGCUCUCGGCCUCGGCGUCGGUGCUCUACGCCCGCACCGAGCAGUGGGGAUACCUGGAGUCCUUCUACUUUUGCUUCGUCGCCUUCUCAACCAUCGGCUUCGGAGAUCUGGUGCCCGGGCAGAAGCUCGCUUUCAGGGCGUCCUCGGCGACGGCAAACGUCACUACAGAGGACGACGAAGACGUCUCCAGCGAGGCCGAGGCCGCCGAUGCCACUGGACUUCUGGAGCUGCAGGUGACAAGCUGGUACCACGUGGCAAACUUCCUCAUUUUAUCAGCGGGUUGCUGCUGUAUCUACAGCCUCUUCAACGUCACAUCCAUCGUCAUCAAGCAAUUACUCAAUUGGCUUAUCCGCAGGCUUGACUGCACCUGCAGACUAAGGCGCAAGACGGGACAGAAACCAACCAGGUCCCGACGCAACGCCUUGACACCGGCUCAACUACGCGUGCAAGCCAAAGCCGCGGCCAGGAGCGGCGUCAAGUCGUCCCGGAGGUCGUCCGGAAAGACGGCUAAUGACACGACUGCGGCCGCGGACUCCGACUCGGACGCCGACUCAACGUACGACUCGGACAACGAGCGAGGCCACACUGGCGAGCUGAUUUGCAUGUCGGACCUGCUCAGAGCCAACAAGGUCUCCCUGGCCAUCAUGCAAAAGCAGCUGUACGAGACAGCGCAGCGCGGUGGCGCUCCCAUGCUGCUGCCACCGAGGGCGCUGCAGGACAAGGAUGCAUUCAAGCCCGGAUCGGUCGGACCGCUGGCCAUAGUGUCCCAAAAGUUCGGCGACGGCAACGUGUGACCAGGAUGACAAGACAGCGUUCCCUUACCGACACCGUGCCAACAGGCGUCACACCUAACUGCAGGAUGAAGACACGCUCAAGCCUGUUGCAGUCAGUCCAACGGUCACUGUCAUAAAAUGUUUGACCAUUGCAAAGUAUGACGAAAAUGACCAUUGAGGCCACAUUUGCCACCACAUACUUGAAAGACAAGGGCGCACGCAAGACUUCCCUCUAGUCGCAGUGUCGAAACGUUUGGAGAUGGUCACGUAUGAUCGUAAGGACCACAAGUGCGUUGUCACCAACACGCGUCGUGCAUAGUUGCAGAAUUAAGGACGUGUUAGAGCCCUUUCAGUCAGUCCUUAGGCUAUACUGUACCAAAAAUCUUGUGACGGUAAUUUAUAACCAAGAUAGCCAAAGGCGUCUCGUUGUCACCAUAUAUAGUUGAAAAACAAGGACUUGUUUAUGUGGGCCCUCUAGUUAUAGCGUACCAACGGCUUAGCAACUGCUACAUUUGACCAGAAUGGUCGCAGUUGCCACAUUUGUCACCAAGAGACGUUAUGGCUGGUUGCAAAAGGGGAGGCGGAAAUCUGUUGCAGACGGCCUGAUUUCAAAAGCAUGCUGAAGUGCUUUACUGUGAUCAUGUAUGAGCAGAAUGAUUCGAAAGGCCACAUUCUCCCCUUAGAAACGUCAUGCCUGGCUGCAGCGCGAAGAACUCGUUCAGGCCGUGUCACUUGGCCCUUAGGCAAUCGUAACCCAAAGUUCGGUGACGGCAAUGAAUGGCAGGAAUGACGAGACACAUCCUGCCUUUGUGACGAUUACCCGUCACACCUACUUGCAGUACCAAGGACACGUUGACGUCGGCCUUUGGUUAUGACGUCCUAAAGGUAUGGCGAAUGCUAUGCCUGACCUCAAGAGAUACGCUAUAUUUGGGGCCGAUACACGUCACACAUAUAGUGUAGCAGAAGAACUAGGAGACGUUGCAGCAGAAAGAUUAGAAAGCCUGAUGCUUUCCGCGCUCUCAGCAUGGUGUUCUAAAGGUUUGGUGAUGGUCACUUAUGGUCAAAACAAUUAAUUCCGCUGUGUUAGCCAUCAGGAGCCAACCGGCCUGGUUCAACAAGGACAGAUUGAUGUUUGGUGGAGCCGGACUUGGUGGAGCGACCUAAAUGAGCUAUCAUGGCCACAAGUAGAUGCCUCGCGGAGUUGCAGAACAAUGACACUCAAGCCUGGUUUAUUCCGCCCUUUGAAGAUAGUGUACCAGAUGUUCAGCGAUGGUGACGUAUGGCCAGAUUACCUAUAGGUUGCCAUACUUUCCAUUCCGAAAGUUCGUUCCAGACCUGGAAGACCCAAGACUAGCUGCGCACAUUGGCCCUGAUCAACUUGUUUUGGGCUAUCAAGCAGCAAAUAUUGCAUGAAGUGACAGUACCACAGAAUUUAGAAUAUCACGUUGGUGUUUGCGGAGAAUCUAAAUACACUUUUCCAGCAUUUUUAGAAGCAGGACGUAGCUAGAAACGUAUCAUUGAGAUCUAGUCAUACCUGCAGAAAGAAUGCAAGAGAUGUCACCGAUGUAAUUUGGCUCUCGCUCAUGAUAUAGCGACCGGCACCGCCACCAGCGCUCAGCGAAGACGCAACAGCAGGUUAAACUCCUAUGGACUCCGAAACGCUUGUUUUUUCAUAGCAAUGACGCCCUAGCAACCACGGACAUCACACUGAAGGAGUAACUCUCAAUGAGUAAAGUGCGGACCUUAGUUCCAAUAGUUCGAACUUCUCCAAGCCGAGAUGACAGAAAUAAUGACGGAAGCAUGCCCCAUAGAUACUACCCACAGCACAGUUGUUUGCUUAUGCUGAGCGCUUGAAAAAUUGUCCCAUCCUAAGCAAUGACGCCUGUUUAGCAUUUGACAAUAUACAGCAUUGUUUGACAAAUAUCAUUUCGCCAUCACCUUACGUGAAAGGUAACAAACCUACAUACCGUUCUCGAUCGCAUUUGAUGUGAUACGGCCACGGGUUGUGAGUAAUUCGGAGUACUUUAAAUGGUACUAGUGGUACCAGUAUCAAAUCCCAUUCUUUCGCGAAGUCAGUCACUAAAGGGAAGUUUAAUUUAUUCCGUAAGCAGGGUAAUAAAAAAGCUAGCUACCCAUGAGCAUGUGCUUAGGUGUGCAUUAGUUGGGGAGAAAGAUUCAGAGGCACUGCAGCCUAGAGACCAAUGUAAGGAGCCAAUAAGCAUUACCGUCUGUACCUUCUUACCGAGAGAGUGCACUGAAAAUUGUGUCUUUCACUUUUAAUGUGACACAGCCCUGGUUAUUCAACAUGUCGUAAAUAAUUUAUGUCACAGCUACGCGAUACCGCGGUAAAAAGGUGCGCACAAAUGCGUUGGUCACGCAACUUGUUUCGGUUUACCCCAAAAAAGAAAUAUUACUUUUUAUCUAAAUAAUAUAUCAAUAUCUGGCGCUAAAAUACUACAAUCCGAAUGCGGCACACUGCAAAAAUAACCCAUUCGUCACAUUCGUAUCCCAAAUAGUUCUCGUUAUUCCGCUCUCGUGAUGCGUAGUAGGGUUCAUCCCUAGUGUUUUAUUUUCCUCAAGUCAGUCGAUUUGCCAAAACAAAACAUAAACUGAAUUCCGGUAAAAAGUAGCCACUAUUAAAGUGGCAAACUGCACGACGUUGCAGUCCAAUAAAGUGUAACUCAACGGACGUAAAUUGGGGGCCGCACAGACUUCGUUGCUUUUGCAAAUGAGUGAUUGGCUCAGUGUCUAGGUUUGCAGUUGCGCUAAUUUGAGGCUGACACCUGGAUAGCCCUUGAACACAGUACCUCAAAGGCAGGAUGACCAAACUGCCGACUGUGAAUCUCGCUGUUAUGUACCACAACGUGCAGAGAAUAGUAAGCGUAGCUAAAUCAUAAUGUUUCUGUUCACAGCAACGCUAGAAGCCGAGCCGGUUGACUAUGGGAAUUGAGAAAGGGAGGCUAACGGUAACAAGAACGGCAAUGGUAUAGAGCUAAAGUGGCGGUCUAGCAUGAGUUUUUUGGGAAAGCAGUCGAAUUGAUAUUCACCAAUCGAAAUUCAGAAGAAAGCGUACACAUGUUUUACGGUGGGUUAUUCACCAUCUAUGCAGACAGCCAGCUCAACUACUGACUUUCACUUAUCGUUGAAUGAAAGAACGGUUGGACAGAGCAUUUAUUAUCGGAAAGCUGACUCUAUUGUUGCAUGAACUCCAUAAAAUCCUGCGAAAAUAACAGAACUACGGACCUAAAGCGGCUGCAAUUGAAACACGACAAAGUUUUCACAAUUAAAUCGAUAGAGGAAGCGUGCAACAGUGGCAUUUGCCUUCGUCAGGGCAACAACUCUUUAUUGGAACAUGGAAUCGAGGCUGGUGGUUUAAGCCACUCUUGAUGAACAACACUCAAUGAUGCAAAUUUACAUUUUUGUAUCACUAAGGAAGUCUGUGAAAACAAUGCGCCCAGAAAGUAAAAUGAGAGAAGCUUUUCAAGACGUCAGGAGCUGUCCGAAUCAUUCCUGGCAAGAGACAACAGAGAGACGAAAGGCUGGAGAAAAAGAACAGCGUCAACAAUAGCUGCAGGCAAGGUGACUUCCGGGAGAAGUGAGCAGGCGGAAGCGAGGCAGUAUGCAAAUACAACGGUCAGGCAAAGGCGUGACGUUAAGACUACAUCUUUCCAAAGGAGAGACUCUUGAAGGACCCCGAGGACAAUCCAUUUGUUGUGCGAGUGCUCCAUGUAUUGCACAUGUGCUUCAAACGAAAGCGAUGGUUCACAGGAAGACGAAAAACCGGAGGUAAUCAAUAAUGGGUGAAGGAGGAAAACCUACCUCCUUAUAUUAGAACGUUACCUCCAUCGACCCAACGCCUCGGCUGAACUGCAUGAAUGGUGGUGCUGUCUUUAUACUGCUUUCCCACUGGGCGUCACUGAUUAGCUACGAAUAUUUCUGAAUAAAACUGAUUGACUGACAUGUCCUCGAUAUCUACUCGAAUGCACUGGAGUUAAAGUGUGCCUCUGAAGAAACUCCUUUUCGAACGGAAUAGCUGAGGAGUGUUAUUGAAGCACGGUAGGAUAGUUUCCAGUCCAUGUCCAUUUGGGAAUACGAGUAUUGGCCGGGAGCCAACGUAUCAACAGGGUCACUUGUCCUCUUCAAAUCUAAAGAAAGUUCUCCGGUGAUUCCCUACAAGGAGCUGAGAGUGGCAAUAACUCCAACGCA